GCACGAGCCUAGGGCCCACCGGCGAGCCGCCCCUCUUGUACAACAAGUUCCUGCCGAUCUCCGCCGCGAUCUGCGGCGAAUCACAGCCGAUCCGCCGGAACCCUCGAUACUGGUUCGGAGAACCCCCCCAACACCUCCGCCAUGGCUUUCCCGGAGCAUGCGUCAUCACGCUUCGACGACGUGCAGCUGCCUAUUGUCUUUUUGCCCGACGUUGAGGAGGAAGACGACAUGGAAUCGGGAGCUGGCCUCGAGGUCGAUACUCGGCCGAGACGGGUUGACCCGGAACCGGCUCCCGCUCCUCAGCACCCCAUCCCGUCUAUGCAGCAGGCCUUUGCCGAAUCCUUGAUGGAAGCUACGCAAGGCGCGGCCGCAAAACCGAAGCUACGAACCGGCGAUGCCAAGGCAAGGCGAGAGGAGCUUCUGGACCAGGGCCGGACCGAUCCGCCCCCGACGGCCUUGUGGCGCGGCCGGCCAGGCCAGAAAACACACGAGCUUUGCAGGCUCUUAGCCCAGAUCUCGUUUGGUGUGUACCUGUUGCUCCAUGGCAUGGCCAAUAGCCAGAUCCUGGUCGUUUCCAUCCUGCAGGGCCACAUCGACGAGGUGGACGAGUUUCUGGAGACGACACUCGAAGAUAUGGAGCUUGCCACGACGGAUAUGGAGGACCGGAUUAAGCAUCUGAAGCUCCCCAUGGACAACAUCGGCGUCUUUGAACGGAUGCUGGAGGAUCGAAACUUUCGCAUGCAAAUUCUCGACGGGAACCAGAAGAUUGAGCAUAUUUUAGCUCGCGCUCAGGUUGCGCUCAAGCAGACCCUCCACGACCUCGCCGAGGGUCUCGCGGCGACCAGGGAAUUUACCAUCUACCUCGCCGAGCAGCAGCAUGGGAGCUGGCGCCGGGACCGCCCGGAUGUGAUCGACAUUUUUGACGCCAUGAAGGGAAACACGGACGGGUGGUUCAAUGCGUUUAUGGACCUCCAAGCCAAAGGAAGCUCACUAAACGCGCUGAUUGUCAGGCUGACAGAUAUCGUCUCCGAGAUGGAGCGAAGGGCGGGCGAAGUGAGCCGAAGAACUAGGUUCAGCGUGAAGCCAUACUCCUCUCCCUCUCCCAAGCACAGCCCUAGGCCGUCUGAUGCGUCGUCGAUCAUGACCCCUCCAACUUCUCCCCCGCCUACGAAAAUCCCAAACUCGCCGCCCCGACUCUCGUUACGGCUAAGCGCAAUACAAACGGUAGCCCUGUCGAUUGACACCGAGACGCCGCCGAUAGCCGAGCUGGAAGCCCCUAUGGGAGAUAACACAACCGGGCAGAGCGAGACGAGCAAAGACGAAGCCACGCGGGAGUCAUUUCUGAUGGUAACCUCGAGGUCUCCACCCCCCGAGGAGUCACCCCCUGAAACGCCUCGUGAACUACCACCUCAGUUGCCUCCCGCGCGAGAUCCGCGUCGUCUUUCUAAAAGACCAUCGAUGUUAGCAGACUUGCCUAAGCUUGAAGUGCCUAAGGAAGACGACGAAGAGGGGGAGGAAGCCAUCUUCUAUCUCUUGCAACCCAGAACCUACACGCCUCAGCCACCAUCACCACAGCCCUCUCCCCGCAUCGUUGAAGAGCAGUCUCCCCGCGUCGUUGAAGAGCAGUCUCCCCGCGUCGUUGAAGAGCAGUCUCCCCGCAUCGUUGAAGAGCAGUCUCCCCGCAUCGUCGAUGAGCGGCCCAGGACAAACUCAGAAACCCAAAGGUCAAGGGUCAAUUCUUCGGCUUCUUCGGUCGAAUCGGCAGCACAGCUAACGCUCGAACCUGUCAAACCACGGAUGGAGCAGGUGAUAUCAAAACCGCAAGUACACCGGCUAAGAGUCGUUGAGAUCGGAUCCAAGACGGAUCCCAAACACGGUCCCAGGCUGAGCCAAAGACCGGAACCACGACCGAGACCUGGGCCGGACCCGGCGCAGGCCCCGGAGCUAGCUAUCCCACAGGACCCUGAGGUGGUAACAACGCAGAGGACGUCCCUUAGGCAACGCAUCUCGCUUAAGACCAGCCCCCCAGAAUCGAUACAAGUCCCUCAUCCAAACGCGGCCGAAAGGCCGUUGCAGACAGCCCCGCGAGGUUACCAGGCGCCGGAUUCAGCAUAUGGAUCCGACAUGGAACGCCCACCAGUCAACUCGAUGGCGUCUGUCAACUCGCCCCUUGCGGAUUUCUCACCGCCCUUCAUUCACCCAGGGAUGAUACCCUCGCCACAUUCUGAAAGGCAGUUCUUCCGCCCGGUCCAAGCCAGCCCGUACUCGCCGCUUCAACAGAGACCGCACACCGCUGGGACCGUGGGCCCCCAUCACUUUCCGCCUCCCCCAAGGCCCACACCCUCUAGGAUGGGGAUGAGCAUGAUGAGUACCGACACCACGAUGACCAACCAGACGGGCAAGUCGGUAAAGAAGAAGCGCAGUGCGUUCGGGUGGCUGAAAAAGGCCUUCGCCCUGGACGACGAAGAGCGCGCAGCGUUCGAACAGAGGAAGAGAGAGCAGACGGCCAACAACCCCUAUUACGAACCCAAGAGCCAGCAGUUCUUGGACGGCAGACGCAUUCGGCCCCGCCCGGGUUAUUAAGGACUGCUGGGCGGUCCGGCCAUUGCUGCCGUCCGGUUCAAAUUCUCCGGAACGAGGGUUCAAGGCUGGUAACAAAGUGUGCCAGGCCUCUGCGGCCCGGGCCGGUCCUUCUGAACCCGGCCCAGCCGCGGCCACUCAUGUGUUCCGCGCUGUCGGGACCGGUUUGGAGUUUCAUGCGUUUGAUACCCAGCGAACCAGAGUCCCCCACCUACAGUACGUGAAAAGUGCCAAUCUAAAGGACUAUAAUCUAGACUCGGGGCUUUUUUUAUUUAUUUAUUUUACGUUCCGGUUGGCUUCCUCGCGGGGUUUUACUUUAAUUGUUUUGGGAAUG